CGAAUUCUUGGGGACUGCGGAUAUAGCUUGCCACAGUAUCUUAUCAGUUAAUUGCAUUCUUGGAUAUGCUGGGAGUCAGCUUGCACAAGUUAAGUCCUUGAGGAAGGGGCUGCCAGUGAAAGAGCCAAGAUGGAGUUUGUCUGGUUCUCUCAGCUAAGGGAGAAACAAGGCUAGGUGAAUAAGGAGAAAACAAGGUUGGACAUUACACUGACAUGACCUGGCUGCCACUCUUUGUGUGCUACCUUUGCCCUGUAGCAGAAGGAACCCUUCUGUUAGCAUAUUUAUGUAGUCUUGCACCAGAUGAGAAGCUAAAUGGCUUGAAUGACUUGACAAAGCCCAUAUGGCCAGCAAGUGGCAGGUCCCCAAAUAUUUCAGACUCCAAGUAGUGUGCCUUUGACACAUUUGUCAUUGUCUUGCUGAAGCAGGCAGAGCUCUGUGUGCCCUGCCUUCCAGAACUUUCUGUGCUCAUGGGCACCACAGUCCCGCUUCUGGGCAGGGCCCACUCUGACCUGAGAUGUGUGUGCGGCUGACCUCUUGGGAAACCCUGAAGCCAGAGUCUGAGGCACCCCAUCAUUUUCAAGGAACAGGAAUAACUGGAGAAACAAGUCUUUCAAAGUGGCUCCACCUUUUGAGGUAACUGGGAGUGCCUUUUCUUGGGGUGACUCACUCAGGAAGGUCCCCGAUUAUGUACUUAGGGAGUCCUUUUCUCUCCUUUUAUGGUAGUCUGCAAAUAGCAGAGAAGCCCCUCACUCUGGUUGCUCCCUGGGUGCCUCCUUAUGGCUCCGCUGCUGCCGACUGCUUCAACACAUUCUUCUGUCCCUGCUGUUUAGAUGCCGUGUUGUAGGAGCCUGUUGCUAGGGUGUGUUCUGCUGUGUCUUCCACCACAUUUAAACAAGCAGCUCAUGUUCCUUUUCUCUCCCCUGGAAUAGGUCAAGAUUCCAGGAUUGCCCCCAAAUAGGCCAGACCCACCCCCACUCCCCACUCCCAGGCAUCCCGUCUCAGGUAUCAAGGAUGAGAGGUCACUGGGGCCCCCUCAGCUCCACUCUCAGUGACCUGGAGCCUGAGCAAACAUUUCCUGCCUUCUGCAGUGUCCUGGAGAGGCGAGCCCUCUGCCUGCAGCUGCUUCCCUCCCCGGGGGGCCUGGAAUUCCCCCAGUCUUCAGUGGAGAAUGGAGAGACAGUUUAUGCCCUCUGAAUUCUAUUAGGGCAUAAUGACUUGCAGCUUUAAAUGCAAACAGCAGCUAUUAAAAGCAGUGAAAGCUAUUCUUUUUUUUUCCCCCCUAUAUCACCCUUGUGGAAGUAGGGAAGUGAUAGGGUCUUGAAGUUUGCAAGGCUUAAGUGCGCCUUGGCACACCUCUUGGCGGGAGGUGUUUAGUGUAUCCCAGGAGGCAAGAUUGAAGCUGGGGCCAACGCAGGCAAACCCGAGGUUCUUAGGCAGGCACUUGCCUGGGCUGGGAGGGCUGGCUCUGCCUUCGAAUACAGAACAUGAAUGGAAAGCAGCCACGGUAGCAGGAGUGAUGAUGAUGAUGAUGAUGAUGAUGAUGAUGAUGAUGAUGCUGGCACCCACUGACAUUUAUGGAGCUCAUUAAUAAUGUCCCUGGUACUAUACAAAAUUCUUAUUGACGUGUUAUCUCAUUAGUCCAUUCUUUCCUAAUCCUAUGAAGCAAACACUUUACUGAUCCCCAUCUCACAGGUGAAUAAAUGGAAGUUUAGAGAUAUUAAGUUGUGAAAUAAGAAACAGGCCAGGCACGGUGACUUACGCCUGUAAUCCCAGCACUUUGGGAGGCCGAGGUGGACGGAUCACAAGGUCAGGAGUUUGAGACCAGUCUGGCCAACAUAGUGAAACCCUGUCUCUACUAAAAAUACAAAAAUUAGCCGGGUGUGGUGGUGUGCACCUGUAAUCCCAGCUACUCAGGAGGCUGAGGCAGGAGAAUUGUGUGAACCCGGGAGGUGGAGGUUGUAGUGAGCCAAGAUUGCACCAUUGCACUCCAGCCUGGGCGACAGUGUGGGGUGACAGUGUGAGACUCUGUCUGAAAAAACAAACAAAAACAACAACAACAACAAAAACUUAGGUUUGGUCUCUGCCCCCAUUUCCUGGCACCCGACAGCUCUUAGAACCCCCAGACUCUCUGAAGUGAUAAGUGUCUGAAUGCCAGUGAGAUGACUGGGUGGCUGAGGGGGCUUCCAAGAGCCUCAGGAUGGGGGCUAGUUGCCAGGGGAGCCAACCCUAUGAUUAAAGGGUUUGACUUUCAGCCCCAUCUCCCCGAUCUCCUCCAGGGAGGGAAGUGAGGCUGAAGGUUGAGAGGAUCACCAAUGGCCAAUGAUGUAAUCAAUCAUGCCUACACGAUGAAGCCUCCAUAUAAACCCAAAAGGCGUCAGGUGUUGUGGUUCACACCUAUAAUCCCAGCACUUUGGGAGGCCGAGGUGGCAGGCAGAUCAUUUGAGGUCAAGAGUUUGAGACCAGCCUGACCAACAUGGUGAAACCCCAUCUCUACUAAAAAUAGAAAAAAAUUAGCCAGGCGUGGUCUCACAUGCCUGUAGUCCCACCUCCUCGGGAGGCUGAGGCAGGAGAAUUGCGUGAACCCAGGAGACAGAGGUUGCAGUGAGUCGAGAUCACGCCACUGCACUCUAGCCUGGGCAACAGAGCGAGACUCCAUCAAUAAAUAAAUAAAUAAAUAAACAAACCCAAAUGGCUGGGCUUCCAGGAGCUUCUGGAUUGCUAAAGGGGUGGAAGUCCCUGGAGGGUGUGCACCCUGCACCUGGAGAGGGCAUGGAGGUGUCACUUCUCUCCCACAUCCCUUGACCCAUGCAUUGCUUCCAUCUCCAAGUAGGGAGUGUCAGAAUUGAGUUACAUCUUAGGACACCCAGCUGAUAUUGGCGAAUGGCUUCAUGUGGAAAAAAACCCACAUGUUUCAGUUACAAAAGUGUUCUGUGUUGUGUGACUAUAAGACAAAGAAAGUUUGUUUUUCCUAUUCAUAAGUAAAUUUGCUCAAAGUUUCAACUGCUAAGAAAAAAAAAUGUGGACUUCCCACCUGGCCAUCUGGCUCCAACCCUACCCUCCCUGUGAGGCUCUUGUGGGGUCAGCCUAGGCUCAACUCCAUUGAUGAACUUGGAAACAUGAUUUUAUCACUUGUACAUUUGAAAUAAUAAUCAUGUUUACCUAUGUUGACAAAAGGAGUCAAACUCUGUAACAUAUUUGAAGAUACUCAUCCUGAGCCAAAUAUGAGUGACCAAUGGUCUGUGACACAGCUCUCAGGAGACCCUGAGAACAUGUGCCCAAGGUGGUUUGGUACAGCCUAGUAUACAUUUUAGGGAGACAUGAGACAUCAAUCAAAUACAUGUAAGAUGUAAUUUGGUUUGGUCUGGAAAGGUGGGACAACUGGAAGCCAGGGCUUCCAGGUCAUAGGUAGAUUCAAAGAUUUUCUGAUUGGCAGUUGGUUGAAAGAGUGAAGUUAUUGUCUAAAGACUUAGGAAUGUCUGGGUUAAGAUAAGAAGUUGUGGGCCAGGCGCGGUGGCUCACGCUUGUAAUCCCAGCACUUUUGGGAGGCUGAGGCGGGCGGAUCAUGAGGUCAGGAGAUGGAGACCAUCCUGGCUAACACAGUGAAACCCCGUCUCUACUAAAAAAUAAAAAAAUUAGCCGGGCGUGGUGGUGGGCGCCUGUAGUCCCAGCUACUUGGGAGGCUGAGGCAGGAAAAUGGCGUGAACCCCGGGGGGCGGAGCCUGCAGUGAGCCGAGAUCGUGCCAUUGCACUCCAGCCUGGGCGACAGCGAGACUCUGUCUCAAAAAAAAAAAAAGAAAAAAAAAAGGAUAAGAGGUUGUGGAAACCAAGGUUUUAUCAUGUGGGUAAAGCCUCCAGGGAGGAAGUUUUGGAGAGAACAGAUUGUAAAUGUUUCUUAUCAGACUGAAAGAGUCUGCUGUAUCAGUAAUUCCAGAAGGGAGGAGGUUAUAAUGAGCCAUGUCUGACCUCCCUUCCCAUCAUGGCCUGAACUAGUUUUUCAGGUUAACUUUGGAAUGCCCUCUGCUGAGAGGAGGGAUCCAUUCAGAUUGUUGGGGGGCUUAGGAUUUUAUUUCUGAUUUACAGCUAGUGUGGGUAUGGCAAGGAUGGUGUGGGGUAAUCCACAAAAUGCUUGAAGUGGCUGAACUCCAGUGCACCCAGUUAGACUUGGAGCGGAAACUCAAGUUGAAUGAAAAUGCCAUCUCCAGGCUCCAGGCCAACCAAAAGUCUGUUCUGGUGUCGGUGUCAGAGGUCAAAGCAGUGGCUGAAAUGCAGUUUGGGGAACUCCUUGCUGCUGUAAGGAAGGCCCAGGCCAAUGUGAUGCUCUUCUUAGAGGAGAAGGAGCAAGCUGCGCUGAGCCAGGCCAACGGUAUCAAGGCCCACCUGGAGUACAGGGGUGCCGAGAUGGAGAAAAGCAAGCAGGAGCUGGAGAGGAUGGUGGCCAUCAGCAACACUGUACAGUUCCUGGAGGAGUACUGCAAGUUUAAGAAUACUGAAGACAUCACCUUCCCUAGUGUUUACAUAGGGCUGAAGGAUAAACUCUCGGGCAUCCGCAAAGUUAUCACGGACUCCACUGUACACUUAAUCCAGUUGCUGGAGAACUAUAAGGAAAAGCUCCAGGAGUUUGCCAAGGAAGAGGAGUAUGACAUCAGAACUCAAGUGUCUGCCGUUGUUCAGCGCAAAUAUUGGACUUCCAAACCUGAGCCCAGCACCAGGGAACAGUUCCUCCAAUAUGCGCAUGACAUCACGUUUGACCCAGACACGGCACACAGGUAUCUCCGGCUGCAGGAGAAGAACCGCAAGGUCACCAACACCACGCCCUGGGAGCACCCCUACCCAGACCUCCCCAGCAGGUUCCUGCACUGGCGGCAGGUGCUGUCCCAACAGAGUCUGUAUCUGCACAGGUACUAUUUUGAGGUGGAGAUCUUCGGGGCAGGCACCUACGUUGGCCUGACCUGCAAAGGCAUCGACCGGAAAGGGGAGGAGCGCAACAGUUGCAUUUCCGGAAACAACUUCUCCUGGAGCCUCCAAUGGAACGGGAAGGAGUUCACGGCCUGGCACAGUGACAUGGAGACACUGCUCAAAGCCGGCCCUUUCCGGAGGCUCGGGGUCUAUGUCGACUUCCCGGGAGGGAUCCUUUCCUUCUACGGUGUAGAGUAUGAUGCCAUGACUCUGGUUCACAAGUUUGCCUGCAAGUUUUCAGAGCCAGUCUAUGCUGCCUUCUGGCUUUCCAAGAAGGAAAACGCCAUCCGGAUUGUAGAUCUGGGAGAGGAACCUGAGAAGCCAGCACCGUCCUUGGUGGAGACUGCUCCCUAGACUCCAGGAGCCAUAUCCCAGACCUUUGCCAGCCACAGUGAUGGGAUUUGCAUUUUAGGGUGAUUUGGGGGCAGAAAUAACUGCUGAUGGUAGCUGGCUUUUGAAAUCCUAUGGGGUCUCUGAAUGAAAACAUUCUCCAGCUGCUCUCUUUUGCUCCAUAUGGUGCUGUUCUCUAUGUGUUUGCAGUAAUUCUUUUUUUUUUUUUUUUUUUUUUUUUUUGAGACGGAGUCUUGCACUGCUGCGCGGGCUGGAGUGGAGUGGCAAGAUCUUGGCGCACUGCAAUCUCCGCCUCCCAGGUUCAAGCGAUUCUCCUGCCUCAGCCUCCCGAGUAGUUGGGAUUACAGGCGCCUGCUACCACACUCAGCUAAUUUUUUGUAUUUUUAGUAGAGACGGGGUUUCACCAUGUUGGCCAGGCAGAUCUCAAACUCCUGACUUCGUGAUGCGUUCGCCUCGGCCUCCCAAAGUGCUGGGAUUACAGGCGUGAGCCACUGCGCCCAGCCUGUUUGUAGUAAUUUUUAGGCACCGAAUCUCUCUCAUCUUCUAGUGCCAUUCUCCUGUCCAGGUAAAUGUCACACUGUGCCCAGAAUGGAUGACCAGGAACCUUCAGAGUGGCUGAAAAGAUUGCAGUUAUCAUAAUAAAUUGCUAACUUGUGUAUUUCCUAUGUGCCA